UGUUGUACUCAAUGGUCCGGUCGGACUGCGCCCUCCCGCUUCCUCCCCCCUCCCAACGCUGUCCUCUACCGUUCGCCAUCGCAAUUCUUUCUCCCAAGGAUGAAUUCCAUGCCCAGCUCCGCUACCACCACCACCUCCAACACCACAGCCAUGGUCACCACCAACAUUGCCAAGAAGGCGGAGGAGCCUGAAAGCGUCUCCUCCGCUGUUGCGGCUGCGGACAAAGGAGAGCCUCCAUCUGCAGCGUCUGUCUCUGCUAUUGAGUUGGGGUUAAUCGAAGAGGACAUCGACAAGAAGAAGGAGGCAUUUAUCUCUGCUUCCAUGGAGGACGACCAUCCUUGCCCGGCAACAGUCUUUUGCAUACGGUUGAAGCAACCAGAGGAGAAUCUUAGGCACAAGAUGAGUGUUCCCGAGCUUUGCAGAAAUUUCAGUGCUGUUGCUUGGUGCGGAAAAUUGAAUCUUAUCGCGUGUGCAGCUGAGACUUGUGCAAGACUUCCAAGUUAUAAUGUGAAACCACCAUUUUGGAUUCCAAUACAUGUAGUGAAUCCAGAGAGACCAACUGAAAGUGCCAUAUUCAAUGUUGCAGCAGAUUCUCCACGUGAUUCUGUCCAGUUUAUAGAAUGGUCACCCAUAUCUUGUCCCCGUGCAUUGCUGAUUGCCAAUUUCCAUGGCAGGGUAUCCAUUUGGACUCAACCUUCUCGAGGUCCUGUGAAUCUUGUCCGAGAUGCAACCUGUUGGCAAUGUGAGCAUGAAUGGAGGCAAGAUCUUGCUGUUGUUACAAAAUGGCUGUCAGGUACGCCUCAGUACCACUGGCUUCCAUCUAACUCCACAUCUAACUCAAAACCAAUAUUCGAGGAGAAGUAUCUUUCCUUUCAGCCCCAGACAUCAGCUAGGUGGCCGAAUUUUCUAUGUAUUUGCUCUGUUUUUUCAUCUGGAUCCGUUCAGCUCCACUGGUCUCAGUGGCCAACUACUCAGAAUGAUGCACAUCCAAAGUGGUUUUCUACUAGUAAAGGUUUACUAGGUGCAGGGCCCAGUGGUAUCAUGGCUGCAGAUGCUAUUGUAACUGAGGCUGGCACCUUGCAUGUGGCAGGCGUGCCUAUAGUAAACCCUUCAACCGUUGUUGUUUGGGAGGUCACUCCUGGUCCAGGAAGCAACUUUCAGGCAACCAUAAGGGCAAAUACAAACACUGGAGUUCCACCUUCUUUGAACCCUCCCUCUUGGGUAGGUUUUGCUCCAUUGGCUGCAUACUUAUUCAGUUGGCAGGAGCAUCUAGGUGCUAAACACAAGAAAUUACCUGUGCAAGAUAUGGAACCAGAUGACCCUGUGUCACUUCAUUGUUUGCCAGUCUCAAACUUUUCUGCUUAUGUUAGCCCAGAAGCUGCUGCUCAGUCCACUGCAACAACAACUUGGGGUUCCAGUGUUAUUUCAGUUGCUUUUGAUCCCACACGGGGAGCUGUUAUUGCUGUUGUUAUAGUUGAAGGGCAGUACAUGUCACCAUAUGACCCUGACGAAGGUCCAUCAAUCACUGGGUGGAGAAUACAACGUUGGGAAUCUUCUUGUCAGCCAGUUGUUCUUCAUCCUGUAUUUGGAAACCCUUCAUCCAGCUUAAGUGGGCAGUCACCUAUGCAGCCCGUCUGGCUAAUGAAAGUCAACAAAACCAUUAAGUCAUUGGCAGAUGUUAAAGGCCUAUGUACAUCUGCUGCAGCAGAAAUAUUGUCUGAUGUUCGUAAUUUAACUGAUCCUACUUUGGGAAAAACAAAGAAGCAUGGUUUUGAUUACUAUGAUGUGCCAAGUGAUAUUAGGAUGCUUGCUGACAUUGUAUUUUCAAGUCAUGGAGGGGAAGUUGCUGUUGCUCUUCUCCAUGGUGAAGUGCACCUUUUCUCUGGGGCAAACUUUUCACCUGUUGACAGCUUCCUUGUUAAUGUUGGUUUUUCUGUUGCUGCACCUGCAUUCUCUUCCAGUAGCUGCUGUUUAGCAUCUGUGUGGCAUGACAUGGAUGCAGAGCACACAUUAUUGAAGAUAAUGCGUGUAAUUCCUUCUUGUAUUAAUAGCAGCCAAGGUAAAGUAGGCUCAGAGUUCUGGGAACGUGCUAUAGCUGACAGGUUUUGGUGGAGCCUUUUGGUUGGUGUUGAUUGGUGGGAUGCAGUUGGAUGUGCACAGAGUGCUACCGAGGAUGGCAUAGUAUCAUUGAACGGCGUGAUUGCUAUGUUGGAUGCUGAUUUUCAUUCUCUUCCUUCUGUGCUGCACAGACAACAACAUGGUCCUAGCUUGGACAGGAUAAAGUGCCGGUUACUGGAAGGUACUGUUGGGCAAGAGGUAAGAGCUUUGGUUCUAGAUAUGCAGGCACGCCUGCUCCUUGACAUGCUGGGGAAAGGAAUUGAGUCUGCACUUGUACAUCCAGAGUCAUUGAUAACAGAGCCAUGGCAUGCAUCAAGUGAGACCUUGUCAAGCCUUGAUUCUGAAGCUAUGACUGUUGAACCUGCACUAAUUGCCAGCAUACAGGCAUACGUAGAUGCAGUUCUUGAUCUGGCUUCUCAUUUCAUUACACGCUUGCGUCGAUAUGCUAGCUUCUGCCGCACUUUAGGCCAUGCUGUUGGUACUUCUGCUGGUACUAGUAGUACACGAGUGAUGAUGGCGGCUCCAAAUCAUGGUUCAACAUCCUCCUCGACCAGUCAGAGUGGUCAAAAUGGAACAGCAAGUUCUAUUGGCAAUGCACAUAUGCAAACAUGGGUACAAGGUGCUAUUGCUAAAAUUAACAGCACUGCUGAUGGGACUGCAUCAAUGCCUAAUCCCAUGAGUGGCCCAUCUCCGUUUAUGCCAAUCAGCAUCAACACUGGGACGUUCCCUGGGACACCUGCAGUGAGGCUUAUUGGAGACUGUCACUUCCUUCACAGGCUAUGUCAGCUGUUACUUUUCUGUUUGUUUUUCAGGCGAAAACAGUUGCCUCGACUAAUUGGGGCUGUCCAAAGAAGCACGGACAGCAAUCCUAUGAAAUCACAAUCAAUAUCUAAUAGUAAAGGAUUAGAGGAGAUUAACAUGUCGUCCAGACCUGCAUCAGGACCAGCCAAGCUGGAAGAAAACCAAUCUAAUCGAGUUGUGCAGUCAAUUUCCAGUGCAAAAAAUUUGGAUGAACUACCAACACGGCCUCCAAGAUUUGGAUUUGGUAAUGUUGGUCAAGGUUACACAUCAGAGGAGGUAAAGGUCCUUUUCCUCAUCCUGGUGGAUCUUUGUAAGCGAACAGCCGGUCUUCAACAUCCUUUGCCGGCGUCCCAAGUGGGGACAAGCAAUAUUCAGGUUUCUCUGCAUUACAUUGAUGGAAAUUAUACUGUCUUACCAGAGGUUGUAGAAGCAUCUCUUGGGCCUCAUAUGCAGAAUAUGCCACGACCAAGAGGUGCAGAUGCUGCUGGCUUGUUACUCCGUGAACUUGAACUCCAUCCUCCUUCGGAAGAGUGGCACAAAAGGAACAUGUUUGGUGGACCCUGGUCAGAUUUAGAUGACUCAAGUCUUCUGAAUCAAGCUCUAAACAUACCCAAUGCCCUUGGUAAUCCAAUUGAUAUUUCUGCUUCUCAUGAUCAUUAUAAUAGCUCUGGUUCACAAGGCUUGUGGCCAAGAAAGCGUAGAUUAUCUGAAAGAGAUGCAGCAUUUGGAUUGAGAACGUCUGUCGGAUUGGGAGGAUAUCUUGGUGUUAUAGGCUCUCGAAGGGAUGUGGUGACUGCUGUCUGGAAAACAGGUCUUGAAGGAGUUUGGUAUAAGUGUGUGCGUUGUUUGAGGCAGACAUCUGCCUUUGCUUCACCUAAUUCAGCAAACUCUACGACUGUAAAUGAGCGGGAAGAAUGGUGGAUUAGCAGGUGGGCUUAUGGUUGUCCAAUGUGUGGAGGCACGUGGGUUCGUGUAGUCUAAGUAUCUGGUUCAAAUAUUUAUAUGCUAGCCCUUACAGUUGUUCAACGGAAUUACUGCUAUUUUUUUUUUAUUUUGUUUAUGUUGUUCCCAUCUCUAUAAAUAUUAGUUGUAACAAUAGCGGUAGUAUGCUAAUUAUUGUUACUAGUGAUAGUAGCCGGCAAUUAUUGUUGUAUUUAUGAUGUGAAUUUUGUCAUUAUCAAUUCUGAGAUAAGAUGAAAGUGUAAAUUGCAAAUGAGGUGCACGUAAAGACAGCUGCUUGUCCACACCCCACUUAGAAAGAGGACCUCCUUUUGAUCUUGUUGGAGAUUGGAGCUUGUUUUCCAGAACGAAAUGUUCCUCACAGGAUUCAAGUUGGUUGCCCAGCUCAAACAUUUUUUCCCUGAGCUAGAGUAGCGGAAGGAAUGCCUCACAGGAGUGAAGAGAAAGGAAGACCUAGCGGACAAAUUUGGAAAGCGACUGUUUGUUUUACCAAUGCAUUUUCUAUAGCUUUACUACAAAACAUGUAUAUUUGAUGAGGCAUUGUAAGAAUUUUUUCUUUUAAAAACCAAGUGGCAAUUUGUGUAUGGAACUUGAAGAAACCAAGCCGUUGUUCAGGAAAACAGCUGCUUGGGGUUAGGUCCCUACCUUUAUUAAUAAAAAAAAGGUGAGGGAUGUGUACAAAAAACAGGAAAAAAGCUAAGCCGUUGUUGGUUCUAUCCAACCUAAUAUAUUUUCUCCAA